GGGCAUAAUACAAGCAGAUCUGUGGUGCUCAAGUCCGAGCCUGUGCUUUGGAACGCAGGCAGGAUAGUGUUGGCCAGUAUUGUAGAGCCCUCACUAACUGAGCGGACAUAUGGACGGGAGUAUGCCGCUUCCUGUGCUUACUGUCGGGCGCUCAAAGAGGGU